AUGGGAAUCUGUGCGCUGGCCCACCCGUGGGAGGGACUGUUCAUCGGCGCGGUGGGCGCGCUGAUCGCCUGCGGCUCCACGGAGCUCCUGGAGAGGUGGCAGAUCGACGACCCGGUGGGUGCCGUGCCCGUGCACUUCUCCUGCGCCGUCUGGAGCCUCAUCAGCAUCGGCAUCUUCGGGAGGAUAGACACGCUGGAGCACGCCUCGCAGUUCAACGGACUCAUAGCGGGUGGAGGGUUUUACUUGCUGGGUAUCCAGGUUUUGGCCGCCACCUCUCAGAUCGCCUGGACCAUCAUUACCUCCUACCUAAUCCUGAAGGUGGUGGAUGUGACAGUAGGACUGAGGGUUCCACUGGACAAGGAGAUACUCGGAGCGGACUACUGUGAACACGGUGUCGGCGGACCCGACGACCGAGACAUGCCGGAGGGAGCUUCCGAGGAUGACGACGACCCUCAGGACAUCGACUCUCCUAGGCAUGAGACACAUUUCCUCGGUUACCAUCAUGUCGACCACGGUCCAGAGCAUCAUCACCAUAACCACCAUCACCGUCACGUAGACAUGGAGGUCGUUGAGAGAAAGAUCAACCGCCGACACUCCGGCGGGUACUGCGGGCACAGCUUCCGUCAAAAGCACCGCAUUCGUCUGCCUAAAUCGUCGGUCUCUUGUUGCCUCCAUUGCUGCCAGUGUCAGUGUCACCUCUACGACAAAGUACUAUCUGAUUGCAGCGAUUCCGACAAAGAACUUGAGGAAAACUUGAAAAAGAAGAAGAAGAGAAGGAACGUCUUGUCCUGCUGUAGGCGGCUGGUGCAGCGCCGUAAGAAACGGCAGGAGGCGAAAGAAGACGGUGACUACUUGAGACGUGUUGACGGUGGCACCAAUCUUAAAGACGUUGGGACAAAUACGGGAGGUCUGAACGUCGUGUCGCAGGAAAUAGUAACUGGAUUGUAG